CAGUGUGCGUCGGCGAGCGGAGACAGGACAGUGAGCGCUCCGGCCGCAGCGGAGUGGAAUCUUUUGAAAUUGGAACACACUAACCCUCCGUUUACAUUUUACCUGGCUGCCGGGGCUUCGGCACCGACUUAUUUCGCCUUAUAGCAGACCUCCCUGCUCCUUCCCUCGGCCAGCCAUGCAGUCCCAGGGCAGCACCUCGUCCCAGCCCUCCUUCGACUCCCUGAGCUCCAGCGACAGCCUCCUGCAGAGCGACUCGGAGCAGGCGGAGGACGACGAGAGCGUGUUCCUGGCGGGCGGCUCCCCCUCCGUCAUCAUGGAUGGCGGGGGCCCUGGCAGCGGCGGUGGAGGCGGAGGCUUGGUGCGGGCCGGUGGGUCAGACAGCCCCGGGUCCCGGUGGACAGACAAGGAGGAGGAGGAGGAGGAGGAGGACAGGAGGUCGGCCGGUGGGAGGCCCGGUGCCGCGGACGGAGUCGCCCAGAGGCCCAAGUCCCAGGGAGACCUGCUCUUCGCCAAGAAGUGUGCUGAGCUGCAGGGAUUCGUCAACCCCUUGUUGGAGCUGCUGACCGGACUGAAGAGGGGACGCUUUGAGCGUGGCCUGACUGGCUUCCAGCAGAGCGUUGCCGUGGACAGGAUCCAGCGGAUUGUGGGAGUGUUGCAGAGACCCAGUUGCGGGGAGAAGUACCUGAGCACCCUGCUCCAGGUGGAGAUGAUGCUAAAGCUGUGGUUCCCCCACGUCACCCCCAGCAGCAGCCCGGCCUCCUCCACCCCUCCCCCCACCCUCAGUUUCACACGCUCCAUCCCGCCUCACAAACACAAGGAUCAGUCGCAUAUCCCUGUCAAGAAGCGCAGGCUCAGUUGGACCGACACCGAGUCACCCUCCCCCUCCCCGGUGGCUGUCAAACGCCCUUGCAUCACCACCAACGACAACACAGAGAGAAAAAAACACCAAGUGGACAGCCUGCCCUCGCUGCCGCUGUCAGACCCGACCCCGACCCCGGAGGAGGCACACAGAGACCAGGUGGAGCGGUCGAAGGGAAAGGGCAGCGGGAAUAAAGGCAAGCCACCCAACUGCAGUACGGGCCAAUCCUCAGAGCCAAGCCUGACAUGGGUCCACGUCGCCCCGAUCCUGUCCCCAUCAACGCAUAAGAGCCAAGCACUUUCCACAGCAGCAGCAGCGGUAGGGACGGCAGCAAGUGAUAUUACAAACGAGCUGGCAGCUGUUUUUCCCGCUCCCAUUAGCCCGGGCAGUACUGUGAUGCAGGAUAGCUCAGUGACCUCCACCACGCCCCACAAGCACCACCAAACUGAUCUAAAGAUGCCAACCAGCUGCCAAAGCCCACCUGCCGCCGGUCAGCAGACUAAGGGCACAGCCUUGAAGACCUGUCAAAGGGAAACCCCGCCUCCGCCUGUCCCGCCCCCCACCCCCAUCGCGGCUUUGCCCUGCCCCCUUAGAGACCUGAUGCCCCCAGAUUUCACGGAGAACCCACACACUCAGGCUUUGCUUCACAAUGCAGAGCCUAAAGCCGCUGUGUGA